AUGAUCCAGAACACCUCACUUGUAAAUGGCCAGACCUUGACAUCGACAGGAGACUUGUUCCAACUGGGCUUCUUCAGUCUGGAUAAUAGUAGUUCAGCGAAGGGAUACUUAGGAAUCUGGUACUGCAAUUUCACACUACAAGAAGGCAUUGUAGUAUGGAUUGCCAAUAGAAACAAGUCUGUCAACACAUCCAUGGCAUCCUUCAACCUCACUUCCGAUGGAAAUCUAAUCUUAUUUGAGGAAGACAGAAUAGUUUGGUCGACGGGAACGAGAUCCACAGGACUCAAUUCUGCACACUUGCAGCUUUUAGAAUCUGGAAACCUCGUGCUGAAGGACAGCAACUCGAUUCUAUGGGAGACCUUCGACCACCCAAGCGACAGCGACACGUAUCUCCCUGGCAUGAAGCUCGGAUUUGACUUCCAGACCAACACUUCAUGGCGGCGAGUUUCAUGGAAAAACUCCACGGAUCCUUCUCCGGGAGACUACAUCCAGAUGAUUCGUGCUCUACCUAUACCGGAUUUGGUCACGUUGAAGGGAUCCGCCAAAUACUAUCGCAGCGGCCCAAGGAACGGAUAUGAUGGGUUCGUCGGCCAUCCAUUUAUCACGAGCAGCCAGGAGGCCAACUAUUUUGUCGUCACGUUUCAUCGCCGACGCCGGUGCUGA